AAUACAACGUUUUUACCUUUAAAUGAUUAAAAUCGUUCAUAGAGGAAGCCAUAUUGAAUUAUGUUGUUGUUGUUUUGACAUGCGCACUAACCGCAUUUGACGUGUCAGAUUCGAAGGAGCCUCGUUUUCGUGACGUUGGCUUUCAGUUACACGAAAACGAGGCUCUGUGGUCAAAGUGAGGACAAUCUUAAUGUUCGUCAUAAUCUGGCCUCCUCCGCAGUCAUUGCUUUUAGAUUAAAUUAAGCCGGCAAACAAAUUGAAACGGCAAACCACAAGAUGCCGGCUAAUCCUAAUCUUCACUCUAAAAUCAUCUGGCAUUAGACAGAGUAAAAUAAUAAAGUAGGGUGCAUUUGGGGCACAAUCAUUUCACAGGGCACAAUGCAAGUAAUUAAGUAAGGGCUCUGCAGAUAGGUUCACAAUUGCGGAGAUUUCAACAGCUGGAAUCUUGAGGCUGUCUUGCGGAUUGUAUUAAAAAUUCAAGCACAAACAUUUAUCACACAACUUGAAAUGUUUUAUUAAAAAAAUACACUUCUAUUUAAAAUAAAUUUAUAAUCCCAGUGAAAUAUAUACCAUUCAAUUAACCCUGAGUUGUUUGAACAAAUUUUUGGAAAUCUGAAAAGUGCCUGAAACCAUUUGCAAUGGGAAAUAGUCAAAUUGUCCAAAAAGUUUCAACACACUAAUACCAAAACACAAGCAGGGACCAAAUAAUGUAAAUUUGGGCAAAGUCUUGAAAUGUUUUAACAUUUUGGUCAGUUCAAAUGUGAACAUGUUUUUUACUGAUGACAUGUAGAAAUGUGAUUAUUUUUCUCCUUCAUUUGCUUCAGUGUUCUGUUCAUCAUUGUUAUUUUCAACGUCGUUAUUUUCAGCAUCAUUAUUGUCACCAUCUUGGUUUUCGUCAGUUUUCUGUUUCUUUGUGUCAGGUGCUGUCGACUCUUCACUGGACGAUUCUGUCUUGCGUUUCUUGGCAGCCGCCUCUUUCUUCUCUUUCUGAUCUUUUCUGAAUGCUGCAGUAAGGAUAAACACUGAUCUCAGAUGUUUUUACACUGAUACAAAUACUACACUGGAUUGAUUUUCUACUCCAUUCAACUUUAUGACUGCAUAUAAAGUUCCUCCACUGAAUGAACAAAGUCGUGAUAUUCAAUGCUUGAUUAUUUUACCUUCUAAACUUGUUUUCAAAGGUUCAACAAACUGAGGAAAUUCCAUUUCUUCCAAUGCGUCCAUGACAUCUUUGCCUGUCAACGUUUUCCUCUUGUUUUCCAGUGCAUGGUUAUUGGCACUAAAAAAAAUUAAUAUCCAUGUAAAUAUCUAUGUAAAUACUGAGCAAGCUUGCAAUGCAUAAUUUACUCGAUACUCACCAUGACGUGCAGUAUAAUACAAAGACACUGGCUGCCUUGCUGAUGGCAGAUCUUGCUUCCUUGGAGAUAUUCACUCCAUCACCAAGCUAGAAAAAUCAUAAAAGUAAAACAUUACUCUCAGACAUUUUUUUCUUAUUUUCUCUUAAAGAUGCAGGCUUGAUUGCCAUUCACUAGUCUCCCUCACAACCAUUCUUAAGGUUGGAGAUAUUGUGUAUACAGUUGCCUGACAAUUGCAAUGAUAGGAGACACAUACUGCUUCUUUGACAAGACGAGAUAUGACAGCAUUGGGAAGAUUCAGAUCCUCUGGUUUCUCAGCCAUGGUUUUAUACAACACAAACUCUAAAAUGUGAGAUAUAAAAAAAUAUUAUUAUUAAUAAUAUUAAAAUACAAUGAUAAAAACAUUAAUAAUUAAAAACUAAUGAGUCGUGUACAGAUGACAUUUGUAUUGUACCUUGAAGUAAUAUAUUUUGGUAAUAAUUACACACCACUGUACAGUUUCUUUCUUGUUUUCUUGCCCGAUAAAAAUAAUUUCACUCCUUUAUGCCGCCAUAUUAAUUUCGAUUCCCGCGUUUUAUGCGGUGUUUCCAACUUGUCACAGUUCUUGUCUUGGAAAAUUGAUCAAAAUCGUGUUAUUGAAGGCUGUGAUGUUGAUUUUUUUGCUGUUCGUCUGUUUUGCUGUGUCUUUAUAACAAUUUUUGCUUCAUUUGCAGGGUAGAUGUUCGUGGUUAGUAAUUUCUUGCAAAACGUUUUGCUUUUUUCCAAAUAUUUUUGAAAAAGAUGUAUAUUUCAAGUGGCAGCACUACGUGGGGAAAUUUCGGGGGAGGGACUGCAAACUUUGUGCAUUGUUAAUGAGAUAAAAAGCGUCGUGUAAUUUUCUUUUUUUUUGGUCAAAUUCUUUCUUAUUUCGCUCUUUGAAAGCUGCAAAUAAAAGGUAGUUAUAUUCUUACAUAAGUUUAUGCUGUUUUUUCUAUUAGUUUAUCGUAACGUUUGCGAUACUUUUUGUUUUUAAUUUCGAAGGAUGAGUGGGGGGAUUGAUACUAUAUAUAAAAUGGCUGUAAAAAAGCUGCUAUUUCUGUGCUUGAAACACAAUAUUUGGUGGAUAUUCUGUUAUUUAGCAGUGUUUGAAGAUGAGUAGUUCUGAAGAAGUAUCGUGGAUUUCUUGGUUCUGUGGUCUGCGUGGCAACGAAUUUUUCUGCGAGGUAAACACAACAGCAGGUUUAUACAAACUUCGCACUUUCGAAAUGUUUUAUAUGAAAUAACUAUACACCUUUAUACCUAGCAAUGUACUAAACUGUUUUACAUGUGAAUAACAUGACUUGAGUUCAGCACAUGCGGUGAGAAAAUUGUAGGACCAGGUAAAACUGUCUAAUGGAGAAUGAAGACUGGCUUACAAUGUCUCUUUGUAUUGCAGUGAACUCUGGCUGUUUUACCUUUGCAGUUCUCGAAAUAAGUGCUGGACAUCAGUCAUUAGGGAGUUUAAGGCAACAAUGUUUUUAACAAUAUGGGUACCAGCCAGUAAUAAAGCCAUUAUCAAUGGCGACUGCAGUUCUUGAUUUCAAGACAACAAGCCAUGACGACUUAGAAGAGGCUGAUGGAAGGUUGCAACAUAAAAUAAAAUGUUAACCCACUGAGUUGCUAUGCACCCUAAUGUGCCCUACUUUAUUAUUUUACUUUGUCUAACAAUGGAAAUCAGUUUGUGUUACAUGUGGCUCUGCCCGUAUACUUCUGUCUCUUCCUAUGUGCUGUUUUUAAUGUCUUAAGAUGUUUACAUGCUGCAAUUUGUCGUGUGCAGUUCAUAUUCGGGGAUGGAUCCAGUAUGAUCUGGUAGGGGAGGUGCUCUGCCAGCUCUGGUGCCGAGUUGUGUCAGUUAUGUGUGCCGCCCGCCCAUCAAAUUACUUCACAUGCUUGACUACAGUAUUAGAAUUGUAAUUGUUGUUCACAGUUUGCUUAUCAUGUUAUUACUCAAAUUACUGUAUCUCAUUUUGCCUCUAAUAAUUUUUUGCUUUAUCAUGAAAAUUAGCACCCCCUCUGGCCAGGGCUAGGGGGUGCGCACCCCCGCCGCACCCCAGUAAAUUCAUCCCUGUUAAAAUGAGUGCUGGCACCAUAAUUCAUUGCUGUUUUGUUAAUGUAGCCAGCUUACACAUGUUUACUCAAUGAUAUAUACCAGAAGCGAAUCGUACGCAUUGUUGGCAAUUGUAAUCGUUGAUAUUGUUAGUUGAUAUUAAACUUGAUGUAUUAUAAUGGAUCCACAGUAAUUGCCUAUAGCUGUUGCGAUUUCCAGCCGGCAUUUUGAGGCAAAAUGUAAAAAAUUAAAUUAACAGCAGACAAUUUUACUCAUGCUGGUGCUCAAUGGUUUACAAAUGUAUUCUCUCAUUUAGGUUGAUGAAGAUUACAUUCAAGACAAAUUUAAUCUUACAGGAUUAAAUGAACAAGUUCCACAUUACAGACAGGCACUAGACAUGAUUCUCGACAUGGAACCAGGUGAUGACUAUUGCUCUCCUUGGCCUUCAUACAAAAGAUUCUUACUAUAUUUUACUCUGUCUAACUCCAGACAAUUUUUCAAAGUGACUAGGGGAGAGUGCUCAAUAGGUUAACAUGGGUGGAUUAAAAACAAAAUGAAAUGUCUUCUUUGCAGAUGAUGAACUGGAGGACAAUCCCAAUCAAAGUGAUUUAAUUGAACAAGCAGCAGAAAUGCUCUAUGGUUUAAUUCAUGCUCGUUAUGUAUUAACAAACAGAGGCUUAGCACAGAUGGUAAUGAGAGUUUGUCAUUAAUUAACCUAUUUAUGAAGACAUUUGUUGAUCAAAUCUUAAUUGAUGUUUUAGCUUGAGAAAUAUCAGAAUGGUGAUUUUGGAUAUUGCUAUAGAGUUUACUGUGAGAACCAACCUGUCUUGCCAAUUGGUAAGAAUGUACUCUUAUUAUGACCUUUGUAGUAGCUAAGCAGCAAACUAAAACUGAAUGGCUUCUUUUCAUAACAUUUAGUUUAACAAUAGUUUCAUCCCGUCACAAUCCGGUGAAGAGAAAUUUCCAUUAUCUUUACAUUAAUAAGUUCUUUGCAUGUUUGCAUGGCGAUAAAAUAUAAUAGUUUUGUUUGUGGAAACACCACGUAAAAAAAAAUAGGGGGAAAAGAAAAAAAGAAAAAAUAUAUAAUAAUAAUAAUAUACAAUAUAUAAUUGAUGUUCUCCAUCCAUAAAUAAUUAUCAUUUGCAGUAAUAAAUUUACGUGGUGUUUCCACAAACAAAACUGUUAUAUCUUUAUAUUGUUUUGAAAAUCCCACUGUUUCCAUGCCAACCAGUCACAAUCCAGUGAUCACAAUGUUCCAUUGUCUCUUCAUUGUUUUGAAAAUCCCACUGUUCUCCAUACCAUCCAGUCAAGAUCCAGUGAUCAGAAUGUUCCAUUGUCUCUUCAUUGUUUUGAAAAUCCCACUGUUCUCCAUACCAUCCAUGCUAACGUUACUGCAUGUCACUUGAAGGUUUAUCAGAUGUUCCUGGUGAAGCGAUGGUAAAACUAUACUGUCCUAAAUGUAUGGAUGUAUAUACUCCAAAAUCAUCAAGGCACCACCAUACUGAUGGUGCAUACUUUGGUACUGGUUUUCCACAUAUGUUGUUUAUGGUACAUCCAGAGUAUCGACCAAAACGGAGUCCUAACCAGUUUGUACCAAGGUUUGUGACUAUAUUUGUUUAUCUGCACUUGUAUUAAUACCAGCGGUCAUCAUAUUGUCAGCUGACACAAUUAUGCAGUUUAAAUAAAGAUUUUAUUAUUAUUAUCAUACAUUUCAGAUUGUUUGGUUUCAAGAUCCACCCAAUGGCCUAUCAGAUUCAGUUGCAAGCCGCAGCUCAACGAGGACGUUCUGCAUCCAGUCGACCUCGGACAGGCAAAAGUCAACACUACAAGAAUUAAACAACAAACUUUAUACAAGAGAGACUUAAUUAAGUGUGGUUUUCAAUAAUUGAUAACUUGUACAUAGAAGAGAGUAAAUUUUGGAAUAAGCUGCUACAGGUCCGCCAUGCAUUGGAUUGACAAAAACUCAGAAAGAUGAUAGGAACAACUUUUCACUGUCUUUAAUUCAUUUCCCUUGUAGUUUAAAAAACAUCUUUAAUUUGAGCUGAUGGCAUAUUCCUAUUGUUGAAAGAAUGUAUUGGGCCAUCAAUGAUGCAAACCUUUACUUUUCGGGGGGGGGGGGCACAGAGGAAAUCCGGACUUGGAGUUAGAAUUAGAACUUGUAGUUACGACUUUUAGUUUGAUAGUGUCUCAUUCAUGUUGCAAAAUAAAAUAUGUUAUGUUUUUGAGGAAUUCAAACAUUUUUCUUUUUUUUCGGUUUACGCUACUCUCUAGCUAGACAUUAUUUAGUUAAAUUUUAGGAAAGUUUUUGGACAUAGUUGGACAAAGAGGUUUUUCACGUAUUGAUAAAGAUUCUAUGGUCGUAGUCAAUGCAAGAAACUCGAAAUCAUUUCCAUUCAAGUUAUUUUUGAAACAUCUGGAUUUGCAACAUUCUUAGCAUAUUAUGCAUUCCAAGUCAUCUCAAUUAGUUACAUUCGCUUCGCAAAUAAAAACCGG